AUGUCUUCAAAUAAAUCCUCUCCGUCGGAGAAUCUGGGUAGCAGCCCUUCAGCCCAAACUCCAGGGACCACCCCCGCAAAUGGGAAAAGCACCUCUCCGAAUACCGAUGUUGAACUCAAGAGUAUGCGGCCCGAUGCGCCCAAACCCUCAAUCCCACUGGGAGAGGACAUCAUGCAGUUGGCCAGAAUUGGAGAAAUCAGUGCUAUGCAGAAUUUGUUUGCGACCAAGAAAUUGACCGCGAACCAUCGAGAUGAGGAAGGCAUUACACCGCUACACGUAGGUCUCUCCCCUUUCCUAUCAAUGCGGAGAAUUGGGUUCUACGUAAACCAGUGGGCUGCGAUCAACAACCAAUAUGCGAUGUGCAAGUUCCUACUCGACUCCGGCGCCGACGUCAAUGCCAAGGGUGGAGAAUCGGUGGCUACCCCAGCCAUGUGGGCGGCGCAACGGUGCCAUUACUAUAUCGUUAAUCUGUUACUCUCAUACGGCGCCGAUCCUCUCUUGACCGACGUGCAAGGGUACAACAUCCUCCACCUCGCCACCAUCGACGGAAAUGCGUUCCUUCUCGUCCUACUCCUUCACCAAGAGAUACCGGUGGAUGUGGUCGAUCAGCAGGGUCACACUGGGUUGAUGUGGGCGGCGUAUAAGGGAUAUCCAGCUUGUGUGGAUUUGUUCUUGAGAUGGGGCGCCAACGCCAAUGCGGUGGAUGAAGGCGGGUUGACCCCGCUCCACUGGGCGUUGGUAAAGGGCUCUUUGCCAUCAGUGUUGAAGCUCCUGGAGUAUGGCGCGGAUCGAUUUGCGAAAACCAGAGACGGGAAGUCCCCGGAGACAGUUGCACAGGAGAUGAACACUCUGCGAAUUUGGAACCGCGCGCUGGCCGAACGUGGCUUCGAGGCGGACGGUACACAGAAGCCUGUGCCUAUGGGACUGGCCAGUCUCGUACGGAAUAAGAGCCUCAUGGCGAAAUUCUUCUUCCUCUGGCCAUUCUUGACCGUGCUUGUCGCUAUCUGGAUGUUGAGCAAUUUGCCCAUUCUCCUAGGUCUGCCCAUCACGCUAGUCACCUUAUUUGGUAUGCAAUAUCUUGCGCAACAAGUUGCAAACCGUGGGCCUUCUGAGUUUAGGAUUCUGCAGAAAACGCCAUAUCUAGCAGGUGUUUUCGCUGCAUCGUUAUUCUGGGUGGGUUUCCGUUGGAUCUUCCAAGUGUUACCUGUCUUUUACUCCUUGACCGCCUGGUUCUAUAUCAUGGCCAUGAUCGGAGACCCGGGAUACGUUCCGAAGAUCAGCAGCCGAAACCAGCAAAGAGAGGCCGUCAAACAAUUGUUUGAAUUGUGGAAAUUCGACGAGGAGAAUUUCUGUGUUCCUUGCAUGUCGCGGAAGCCUCUCAGAAGCAAGCAUUGCCGACGAUGCAAUCGUUGCGUGGCCAAGCAUGACCACCACUGCCCAUGGAUUGACAACUGUGUCGGAGCCAACAACCUUCGUCACUUCGUUAUGUAUAUCGUCAGUCUCGAAAUUGGAAUUAUCCUUUUUGUGCAAUUGACCAUAGGCUAUAUCACUGAUCUGCCACCCUUGAAGGAUGCUCAGUGUAGCGUUAUCAACGACACUCUGUGUGACUAUGUAUCCCGUGAUGCCUUCACGCUAGUCCUUAACAUUUGGAUCAUCCUCCAGUUGGUCUGGGUUACUAUGCUGUGCGCUGUGCAGCUUGUUCAAAUCUCACGCAAUCAGACGACAUUCGAAAAUAUGAGAGGCCACUCGAUUGAUCGGUCCCUUCCCAGUUCUCAGGCCUUUGCUUCCGCCAUGACCGCGGGUACGACAUCAAUGGACGCGGCCGGCCUCUCUGCCGUUGGACAAGGACCCAAUCCUGCUUUAGCACACUCACAUGGAAACCGACGACGAGGUGGCUGCCUUUCGUCAUGGUCGGCUCUAUUGGGUAUCGAUACCUUCUUCGUCACUGCUAAAGAUGGACUUCGAGAUGGUCGAUCCCUUAACCCUUUCUCCCGUGGUGUGACAACUAACUGCCGUGACUUUUGGUGUGACCCAGCCCCGAUCUUCGGUAAACGCGAGUCUGGUGCCGCGAUGCUUGGAGGUGAGGUGGUGAAUUAUAAUGAAAUGUACGAAACUCCGCUCCGCAUGCAUGCCGGCCGGUCUGGAGAUGGCUACCGUAGUGUGGCGGGUGAAGAACCCGAACAGAUGGUUUAA